GGAAAUGGAGAGAGAGAGUGUGUAUAACUUUGGGAAACAUAGGAAGAGGCAGCAAAGGGAACAAACUUUUCUCUCUUGGCUGCUUCCUUUUGGACUUUUUCACAUUUCAUCAAAAGACCUCAGUGUUGACAGAGCGGAAACAAGGGAGGAUACUUUGUUUGCUUUAGAAGUUAAAGAGUUAUUUCUCUGUUUUUGUGAUCAGCAGAGGUUAAUUUGUUUUGUUGUUCUUAGCAUUUUUAUCAAAUUAUUGCUUCAGUGAGCUUUGAAGAAGGCGUGACCACCUGAAAUCCCUACAAACUCAGCUGCAGCUCUCUCUCUCACACACACACACACACACACAAAUAUACACACACCUGUUUUUGAGGAUUCCCCGGGAGCGCAGUCAUGGGCAUCUGCAUCACUGUUGCUUGAGGGAAUCUGCGCGUCUGUGAGGCUGUUAUCUGGUGGUGGCCCCGGUGAAUGUUACAGUAGAAGUUGACCUGCCAGUCCAGAGAAGAGGGGGGAGAUGUCAACCUACUACCCGCGCACCAAGGACCUGACUCGCACCAGGAAGUCAGUGACAGAUUCACCACCGUCCUCUCCGUCCCCCACAGACAAAAACUACAGACAUGAAAGAUUGUCAAGAUAUGACUCCAGUGGGGAGAGUGUGACAGACAAACCAUUGGGCCGCACCAGCUCUUACACUCGGAGAGAGACGAGGCUGACUGCUCUGAACAGACAGGAGCAAGACUCCACUACCAAAGACUAUAAGAAGAUGUAUGCAGAAGCUUUGCAUGAGAAUGAGAAGCUCAAGUCCAGGUUGCAGGACAGCAAACAGGAACUGGUCAAGAUACGUUCCCAGCUGGAGAAAGUCACUCAGAGGCACGACAGAAUAUCAGAGAGAUCUACAGUACUUGAAUCAGAGAAAAGGGAAAAACAAGCUCUUGAGAAAAGAGUGUCAAACAUGGAAGAUGAGUUAAAGGCUUUCCCUGCUCUGGCUCAGGUCCAGACCUUGCGGAGGGUGAACGAGUGUCUCCUGGCUGAGAAUAGAGCCAUGCUGCGCGUCCUCACCCGCCUCUCUGAAACGGCCUCCAUGCCGGAGACAGAGGACCUCUGACACCAUCUGUCCUCCUUUCUCCCCCUCCUCUCCCUUCCUCAGCCACAUAACUUCUACUCUCCCCUCUUCUUCUGGUGCCUCUACAGCCCCCUCGUCCUCUGCUGUGUUCCUCUCAGAUCUUAACAGAGCUCAAGUCAGACAACCAGAGGCUUAAGGAUGAGAAUGGGGCUCUCAUCCGAGUCAUCAGCAAACUGUCCAAAUGAAAAGAUGUCUGAAGCUCCUGUUCUGUGUCUGUGGAUGCUCCACCCCUGUUGGCAGUUUAAAUAUCCACAAUGUCCAAGUUGUGACUCCUCUCUGAGUUAGGUGAUGGCUGCUUUGCACAAAUAAAUUCCUAUUGGGACUUGUGAAGAUCCAAAGAGAAGUGUUAAGGAGUUUCAGUCAAAUUUCACUGUGUGAUGAUCGAGUUACAACAAUUGUUUCUACGUGAUUAGUAAUCAUAAUUUUGUAAUAUCCAGUGAUGUACAUUAAUAAAAUAGGGACCAGUUGUACUGUUUGAUAACCUUAAAAGGCCCAGUUUGAACAAAUCCAGAGGUUUGCAUGAAGGUACUGUUUCUAAUAAUAUAACCACACAUCACAUGGAGACAUCACGUUUGUUUGCUACAUCACGCACCGCAGAAAAGUAUUAUAAGGAUGUCUUGAUUGUGAAAAAAGAGAGAAGUCAAGGGCCCCAAAUGCCAUUUUGGCAUGGAGAUAUACUGUAUUUUAAAAAAACCUUGUCAUUUCAAUCAGAAUAUAUGACCACACAGGUAAAAUAAGGCCCAGCCAAGCGACAAACAGGUGCUCUGGUUCCAGAAGCAAAAACUAGAUAUUAAUAUAAAUCCACCAAGGCAUCUGAGUAGCAACAACCAUUGAAGCCAGCACAGAAGUGCUGUUAGAUGCAGUUCUUCUAAUGGCAAGUAGAUGUUCGCUCCAGACCAAGAAUGUAUUGAAAUGAAGGAGAAAAUGCUUUUGAUGAUUUUUUAUACAAGAUCAUAUAUAAAACCAAUAAUUUUGAACAUUCUUACUCUAGUAUGAAGACAUUUAGGCUUAAUAAGACACAUUGUUUAGGUUUGUGUUUUAGAUUGGUUUCUAUUUCCAACUGGUUAGAUCAAUUUUUUGUGACAGUGAAAUCUCUAUCAUUUCAAAAAUUCCAUUUUUGUUAACCUAGCAUAUGAUAAUGUCCCCACUGUAUUUGGUAUUUGAAGGGGGCUGUAUGCUAGCCCUGAAUAUGGAUAUAAUAUAUAUGGAAUAUACAUAAUGCACUUUGAGUAUUUGGGCAUCACAGCACUGUAUUAUCUUCAGACUGGUUUCAGUUUCCAUGAUAACAUAAUUCAGCAUUUGCCAGAUUCUGUUCAUCAGUUCUUUGUGUGGUUUUAGUCACAAUUCUUCAUUUUUUGUUUUGCGUGUCCUCUAUAGAGGUUUUUUUAUUCAAUGGCUCAGCUUCAAAACAGCAGAAUGGCUACACAGAGGAGACAGUCUGAGUGUGUGUAAAAGAAAGUGUCCUAUGUUCUGUAAUAGAGAUAUACUGUAUUUAUUUAUUUAUGCACUUUCUUAGUUCUAAUCUUCAUGCUUUGUUUACUCAAUUUUCUUUCAAAGAAAACACACCAAUUGUUUUGGUUGACUUCUUGGUCAUCUUUUUGUUAGGUGAUGAAAAAAGGCAAAUGCCAAAAUCUUGGUAGAUGAACCGUAAAUCACUGCUGACAUUUUAGCCUCCACAAUAUUGUGUGAUUAAUAAUAAUAAAUACAUCUCCACAAUUCAACUUUGGAGGAAUUAAACUGUUGCUUGCACUUUUCAUUAUAUGUUGUGUAGAUUACAUAUAUUUUAAACUUUGUUGUGUGUGUUGAUAUUGUCACGAUAAAUUAUGUUAAAUUAAUUGUUGCCUAACUACACUGAGUUGCCAGUUUAUGAAGUACACCUACCUGGCUACAUCUAGUGCAAUCCAAUACUACAGUACAACCCUGCAAUAAAUCCCAACUUUUUUUGUUCUGGUCAUCUGGUUAUGGAGGCAGUAUUUACUGAUGCUACUCCAUUGUGUUGCAUUAUAUUAAAAUGUUCUUCAAUAUUUGGGUUCCAUAAAAUGUGUGACUUUUUUUUAAUUUAAUGUUAACUAGAUGGUCUACUUAACAUGAGAAAUACUAAUACAAUUAGAAAGAGGCUGCUGCCUUGUAGUGGUUUUUAAUGUGGCUUAUGGGUUGCCAUCACCUUAUAUAUUCCAAAAAGAGUGAAGGUAGAUAAAUGUCAUCUUAUCAUAUUUAAUGUAUGAAACUGCCAGACUCCGCUUGCAUUUAAUAUCCUUUAGCUGUAGAGUUGCUAAAAGUGAUGAAUGGUGUGCCAGAGACAAAAAAGGUUUCGGUAUCUGUCUUCUGUUCACUUUAAUGGAUGAGGUGACCAAAAUCCCCAGGGUUGGAUGUAUUCCUUUAACAAUACGAUGGUUUUGGAGUCCAGUGUUAUCUUUGGUCACAUCCAGUACUCAUGUACUCAAAACUACAAAUAAGAUACAGCUAUUUCUACACAUGCUGUAGCUUUACUGAACUAUAUGCAGUUGAACUAUGUAUUGAAAAUGUUUGUAAUGUGUUGAUAGCUUAAUAUACGCACAUUGGUUUACUCACUUUGCUUAAUAAACUGUAAAGGAAUGGAAA